AUGAAAUCUUUGCUGGUAGUUUGUGUUCUCUGCGUUUUGCUAAAUACAGUUUACAUGUCAAGAACGGUCACUGAAAAGUGUAAAUCUGGCGGUAAAAGUGAAAGUCAAGCUAGAGUAUCAAUACCAUCUGGACCACUUACUCUGGAAAAUUUUUGUGAUGGAGGAAAGAACAGUCGAGAUUGCCUUCUAUUUUGCAUGGGGUCUUGUGGAGCAGGAAAUGGUGUUUGUGGCACUGGUGAUGACAAAAGACCAGAUCCGAAACAUUGUUAUUGUUCGUCACCAUAUUCAGGAUAAAAUAGCAAAAUAUAUAUUAGAUAAUUAUUAAUAUUUUUAUCAUUAUU